CCGGAGCAUCAUGCCCCAGAAUGUGGUCCUCGCGGGCCCCGCGCCCUGGGGCUUCAGGCUCUCGGGGGGCAUCGACUUCAACCAGCCUCUGGUCAUCACCAGGAUUACUCCAGGAAGCAAGGCGGCAGCUGCCAACCUGUGUCCGGGGGAUGUCAUCCUGGCGAUUGAUGGCUUUGCUACCGAGUCCAUGACUCAUGCUGAUGCACAGGACAGGAUUAAAGCAGCAGCACACCAGUUGUGUCUCAAAAUUGACAGGGCAGAAACUCGCUUGUGGUCCCCACAGGUAUCUGAAGACGGAAAAGGCCAUCCUUUCAAAAUCAACCUGGAAUCAGAACCACAGGAGUUCAAACCCAUUGGUGCCGCGCAUAACAGAAGGGCCCAGCCUUUUGUUGCAGCAGCAAACAUUGAUGACAAAAGACAGGUAGUGAGUGCUUCCUAUAACUCACCCAUUGGGCUCUAUUCAACUAGCAAUAUACAAGAUGCACUUCACGGACAGCUGCGGGGUCUCAUUCCUAGUUCACCUCAAAAUGUCUGCAGUACUCCGUCUGGUUUUGACUGUGGCAGUGGACGGAGCACCCCUUCUUCUGUCAGUACUGUUAGUACUAUUUGCCCAGGUGACUUGAAAGUUGCUGCUAAGCUGGCCCCUAACAUUCCUUUGGAAAUGGAACUUCCUGGUGUGAAGAUUUUACAUGCUCAGUUUAAUACACCAAUGCAGUUGUACUCAGAUGACAAUAUUAUGGAAACACUUCAGGGUCAGGUUUCAACAGCUCUAGGGGAAUCAUCCUCAAUGAGUGAGCCUGCAGCUUCUGUGCCCCCACAGUCGGAUGUGUACCGGAUGCUACACGAUAAUCGCGAUGAGCCUACUCAGCCUCGCCAGUCAGGCUCCUUCAGAGUGCUCCAAGAACUAGUGAACGAUGAUGACCGUCCCGCUGGAACGAGGAGUGUGAGGGCGCCAGUGACAAAAGUGCACAGUGGGGCUGGCAGCGCCCCAAAGAUGCCGCUCUGUGACAAGUGCGGAAGUGGCAUUGUGGGGGCCGUGGUGAAGGCCCGGGACAAGUACCGCCACCCAGAGUGCUUCGUGUGCGCCGACUGUAACCUCAACCUCAAACAGAAGGGCUACUUCUUCGUGGAGGGAGAGUUGUACUGCGAAACCCACGCACGCGCCCGCACGAGGCCCCCAGAAGGCUACGACACAGUUACCCUCUAUCCCAAAGCCUAAGUGGGAUGCAGGCAGGAGAUCGCAGCUCGGGGAGUCAUCCCCCACACGCUCCUCUAGGGAAGACAAGCUGGCGCAGUGCAGCAGGGCCACAGAAUGUGGACCUUCCAUCUAAAUGCAAGGCUCUUGGAUGUCGUUUAUCUGAUUCUGCACGGAAGAAACCUCGCUCCAGCAGACCGCAGCAUACACUUAGUUCUCGUUCGCCACCCUUUUCUCUUUGGCAUUAGCAAUAACGAUGCAUGUCAUUUAAAGCAAGGCCCUUUUUUGUCUGUCAUAGUUUAGAUUUACAUCAUGACCAUCAAACAUGUAAACAUCAAGCUAUGGGGGGUGGGGGGACGCUGUCGACUUGUCUCAUUGUCUUUCUUUAAGUUGAUUUUGCAAUUGUAGUAAAUACCCAAUGACAAGCUUGUUUUCUAACAGAAUCUACAGUUGCCUGUUGCCUGGUUUAACAUUAUAGUGCAUGCCAGGGAGAAGUCCCCUUGAUUUCUCCCGCUUUCAUUUUCAAUUAUACC